UCGUAUUCUAGCGGUUUGUUGUUUGGGAAUAACACUAUGAGCUGAGAAUAAACAUUAUUGACACUGUCAGUAUAAUACGAUUUUUUAAAUCAAGAAUAUGGAAGACGAUUCUACUUUGAUGACCAAGCUCGAAUGCUUGAAAGAAAUCAGGUCUCGUACAAUUCAAUUAGAAAAAUUAAAAGUACGAAUGCGGCAAGAAGUGGAUGCUACAGAAAAUGAAGAGAAGUGCCUUCAAGAUUAUCGUCACGAAAUGGAAUUGUUAUUACAAGAAAAGAUGGCACAUGUAGAAGAAUUGAGACAGAUUCAUGCAGAUAUCAAUGUGAUGGAAAAUGUCAUAAAACAAUCUGAAGAAGAUCGUAAUAAGCAUCUUGAAACUGCAAAACAACUUCAUCAUGAAUAUAAACCAUUAAAAGAUUUAAUUGAUAGUAUGCGUAAUGACAUAGGUUUAACAAAAUUACCAGAAUUGCAUGAAGAAGAUGAAAACUUUAAGCCUGAAUUUUUUGAGAAGCAGAAAACUGAAUGGCAAAGUGAAGUAUCAGAGGCUACACUUCCGUCCUCAUUAGCUGCAGUGAGUGCUGCCACUCAACAGAUGCAGAUGGGUCGAGCCAAAACUCAAGACAGACCACAGCCUACAGCAUUUAGACAACAGCCACCUCCAAUGAAGUCUUGCCUCUCUUGUCAUCAACAAAUCCAUAGAAAUGCUCCUAUUUGCCCCCUCUGUAAAGCCAAAAGUAGAUCUCGAAAUCCAAAGAAACCUAAACGGAAACUAGAUGAUUGACAUUUAUUUUUAUGAUAGAAUCAUUUUCUUCCCCAAAGAAAUGCCACUUUCUGAACACAAAUUUUUUUUUACAAAUUAUCACUUUUAGUAGAAAUUAAUUUUCUUCCAAUUUAUGAUGUUUUUAGUUUUUGAUUCUAUUUCUUGGAAAUGUUCAGAAGAAUACUUUCAGAUUUAUAGUCAAAAAACUGAAAAUAAGAAUAUCGAGUAAAAACUAUAUAAUAUAUUGUCUUCUGUUAUUACAUCACUCCUGGUUUUAUUCAUUUUGCAUUUUGACCUCAUCAUAUUUAUUUCAUGUAUCAAAACUACAUUUUACUUGUUAAUGUAUUUUGUUAAAAAUUUAGUAUCAAUUUCUAUUACUUAACAAAAAUUACAUAUAAUGGCAUUCUAGUUAGAAUCCUCAUGAACAGAUAUUCCUGAUAUUUUUAGGAUUGAUGGCAUAACAUUAGAAUUGCCAUUUGUCAUAUUUUCCCUAAAUGAUCUAUGAGCUGUUGAUAAAGUGCCAAAGUAUUUGUAUGUCGUGCAAUAGUGUGUCUCUUUCCACAUAAUUUUUCUCUUUACAAUAAUUGUUGAAAAAAUAUCAUAAAUAUAAACAAGAAAAAUAUUUUAAAAUUUGUAUUUUAUUUUCACCAUUUUUAAGGUUUUAAAUAAUUAUGAUA